CUGAACCCCCAUUCCGAACCUUUGGAAUUGGAUUCCCGCUUCUGGGAACUCCGGGACAGCGUGGUGCAGUGCGAGCUGUUGAUGCUGAGGGUCCUCAACUUCCAAGUCUCCUUUCGGCAUCCCCACAAGUACCUCCUGCACUACCUGGUCUCCCUGAAGAACUGGAUGAACAGCCACGCGUGGGAGCGGACGCCGGUCGCGGUUACUGCCUGGGCCGCGCUCCGUGACAGCUACCAUGGCACCGUGUGUCUGCGGCACCCCCCCCAGCACGUCGCCAUCGCCGCCCUCUACUUCGCCCUCCUCUGCUAUGGGGUGGAGGUGCCCGCGGACGGUGCGGGGGAGAGGACCUGGUGGCAGGUAGGUAGAGGCACCUCCGAACGCACAUCUCUCCCUCCUCCUCCAGCCUGUUACACAGCAACACGAGGCCAU